CGGUCAGGGGGAGGAAAGCUUAACCCCCAUACUAUCCGCUCGCUUCCACCGCAUCCACGACCAUUGCCUUCUAGGACUUUCCCAGCCCACAUCAGGCCGCGUAGCAGAAAUUUCUCUGCAUGAACAGAGUGGGAAAUAGCGGGCCAGGGAAAGGCGGGGACUCGAAUCCAAGUCGCCCUCCUCACCCCACCCUCUCACACAAAUUCGAUCCCAGCCUGCUGGGUGCCAAGGCCGUGGUCCGAGCCCCGCCCCGUGGGUUCGCACGUGGCCCCCUCCUGACCCGGCGCCCGGAGGCGGAGUAGGACACUGCGGGCGCAAACGCAGCAGUUUCGGCGGCUUUGACGUGCCCGCGGCGGCCGGGCCAGAGCGCUGAGCGGGCCGAGACUGCGCCAUGCAGGAAGCACCAGCCGCGCUGCCCGCGGAGCCGAGUCCCAGCCCCGUGCCUGCCUUCCUCGGCAAGCUCUGGGCGCUGGUGGGCGACCCGGGCACCGAUCACCUGAUCCGCUGGAGCCCGAAUGGGACCAGUUUCCUCGUAAGCGACCAGAGUCGCUUCGCUAAAGAGGUGCUGCCCCAGUACUUCAAGCACAGCAACAUGGCGAGCUUUGUGCGGCAACUCAACAUGUACGGUUUCCGGAAGGUGGUGAGUAUCGAGCAGGGCGGCCUGCUCAGGCCGGAGUGCGACCACGUCGAGUUCCAGCACCCGAGCUUCGUGCGCGGCCGCGAGCAGCUGCUGGAGCGCGUGCGGCGCAAGGUGCCUGCGCUGCGCGGCGGCGACGGCCGCUGGUGCCCGGAGGACCUGGGCAGAUUGCUGGGCGAGGUGCAGGCGCUGAGGGGAGUGCAGGAGAGCACCGAGGCGCGACUACGCGAGCUCAGGCAGCAGAACGAGAUUUUGUGGCGGGAAGUGGUGACGCUGCGGCAGAGCCAUGGGCAGCAGCACCGGAUCAUUGGAAAGCUGAUUCAGUGCCUCUUGGGGCCACUUCAGGCGGGGCCCAGCAGCUCAGGAGUCAAGAGAAAGCUGUCUCUGAUGCUGGAUGAAGGGAGCACAUGCCCUCCGCCUGCCAAAUUCAGCUGCCCCCUACCCAGCACCCUCCUACAGGACCCCUACUUUAUCCAGUCGCCACCCCCAGGGACCACUUCUGGACUCAGCAGACCUCGCAGAGCGAGAGGACCCAUUAUCUCUGAUAUCCUAGAAGAUUCCCCAUCCCCAUCUCCUGAAGGGACUGGGCUUUCUCCCUCUAGUGGCAGCAGGAGGGAGAAGGGCCUGGCACUGCUCAAAGAAGAGCCGGCCAGCCCAGGGGGGGAAGGCGAGGCUGGGCUGGCCCUGGCCCCAAACGAGUGUGACUUCUGCGUGACAGCCCCCCCACCGCUGCCUGUGGCUGUGGUCCAGGCCAUCCUGGAAGGGAAAGGGAGCUUCAGCCCUGAGGGGCCCAGGGAUGCCCAGCAGCCUGAACCAAGGGGCCUCAGGGAGGCCCCUGACAGGGAGCCUCUGGGCCUGGAGAGUGGGGACACAAGCCCUGAGGGUCUGCUGCCUCCGAUGCUGCUUCGGGGCCCCCCUGAAAGUCUGGACCCUGCAGGGCCCCUGGAUGUGCUGGGCCCCAGCCUCCCUGGGCGAGAGUGGACCCUGACGGACUUGGAUAUGGAGCUGUCCCUGAUGCAGCCCUUGGUUCCAGAGAGAGGUGAGGCUGAGCUGGCAGCCAAGGGAAUAAAUUCUCUGGGUCCAGGGAAGGACCCCGCCCUUGGGGCCCCGCUCCUGCUGGACGUCCAGGCGGCUUUGGGAGGCCCAGCCCUCGGCCUAUCUGGGGCCUUGACCAUUUACAGCACCCCUGAGAGCCCGACCUCUUUCGUGGGCCCUGGGGCCAGUCCCUCCCCCUGAGACCUUUUUCCCUCUGGAGCCCGAGACGCUGAGGGGCUAGUCGGCGGCAGCUUGCCCUUCAAGGCUUCCUGGCGCCCCCUUGCGGAGGCCGAGCCAAGCCCAGCCACUCGGCGGCCUCUCUCCAUUCCGCCUGCAGGGCCCUGCACAUAAACUGCAUUUGUUUUUCGGUU